ACCCUUACAAAUAAAGUUCGGCAUUCACUGCAAAAUGGCGGACUCCCUUGAGAAAACGCCAGCUCUCAGAGUUAGUCAACUAGAUGCUUCAGAGCUAGACAGUGAAGUUGUACACAUAGUGAAGGCACAGCUAAACAAAUUGUUCAAAUACCACAAGAGUAACAUUUUGGUUACAUAUGAUCCGGAGGUAUCUGCACUGAUAAAGACCCUCAUAUGGAGAUUUACCAUAAAUGCUCAUGACAGCACUAUUGGGCAGCAGAUUUUAAACUUGAAAUACAGUGGCUCUGAAGGACAGUCGUCAUGGAUGAGCAGACGGCAGAAGAUUCUGUAUGGUCUGAUUCUUAUCGUUUGUCCUUGGCUGAGGGAGCGGGCAGAAACCCUGGCCAGUUUUGUUGGAGUAUCAAAAUAUCAGGCCAAGAUCCGUAAAGUGUUGAGAUGGCUUGAUAUCUCGCUGAAGUUGGCGGCAGUGUGGAACUUCCUUGUCUUCCUUCAGAGGGGCGUGUACCAGACUAUCACAGAGAGACUGCUGGGGAUACAGGCCAUGUUUCCCUCCCGGCAAGGAAUCAGACAGGUCAGUUUUGAAUACAUGACAAGGGAACUACUUUGGCACGGAUUCUCAGAAUUCCUGUUUUUCACCCUCCCACUGGUGAAUUUUCAACGAGUGAAAAACUUUGUGAGGCGACACAUUUUAAAUCACCAUGAGGACCCUGCUCUCGACGGCCUGAGGGUGAUGGAGUGUGCAGUGUGUGAGGAUGUCCCAACCAAUCCCCAGGAGAUUGGCUGCCCCCAUUUAUUUUGUUACUACUGUAUACAGAGUAACUACAAAGCUGAUCCUGGUUUCUCAUGUCCCAGAUGUCGGACAAGUAUUCCAAGUGUUGACAGUAUCCGCCCAUACAGAACUGUUAUUUCAUAGCCUCUUUUGCAUUAUCACCAACAUUCAACAUAUAAGCCUUACGUCUUUCAAAAGAGAGAGAGAGAGAGAGA